GAUAUCCCGAGAAUAAUCUCGAAGUAAUUGGUCUCCGGAUCGAUAAAAAAAUUCUUUGGGGGAAGAGAGAGAAAGAGAAGUUAUUGGUAAUCCUAGAGGCCUCGGGCUUAGUGUGGGAUAGGAGUUGUUGGAAAGCAUCGGAGCGAAUCGAUGGAAGGUUUAACCUGAAAAUUGGAUAGACAUGGACAUCCAGAAGGACUUGCAGCCUCCAAAGCAACAGCCCAUGGUCUAUAUUUGUGGAGAAUGUCAUACUGAAAAUGAAAUUAAAGCGAGAGAUCCAAUCCGAUGCCGAGAAUGUGGUUACAGAAUAAUGUACAAGAAGAGAACAAAGAGAUUGGUUGUUUUUGAUGCCCGAUGAACGUCAAUAUUUUCCUUAAACUUAGACUGAAAAGAAUUGCAGGUGUUUCUGUUUAGCCUUGUCUCACAUGUAAAUUUCCUCAGAUUGGAAGACUAAUAUUUUUUGUUACUAUUUUAGUUAGAUUAUUUCUUGCAUUCUUCAAAAUGAAGUAUUUACAAGACUUGUUCUGUUUUAUUUGAUGGAAAUAAAUUGCUAUCUUUAAA